AUGCAAAUUCAAUUGCUUUCAGGCUGCUUUGUUUCCACAGCUGCUCAGGCAUCGGUCGCCUCGCCAUCAUUUCUUCGUAACGGGAACACGGCAGUGGUCUGCACACCGCUCUUCACCAUCGCACAAGCUUCCAGCUGCCCUGCAGAGUGCAAUGAUCUGAAAGCAGCUAGUGCCACAGCCCUCCAAAGGGCAGAACUGGAUCUCGAUGCUGCUGAGAGUGCCACAGACUACUCUCGCUUCUGCAUGCAGAAUUGCGUGCACGACUCUGCCAGCACGGAGAGCCUGUGCACUCCUGCCUCAGACGCGCCAGCCCGAGCACCUAUUGUGUCGCCUGCUGCCCUCCUGAACGAGGGAGCUGAGCAAAUGGAGAAGCCAGACAAGGAUGUGGCUAAAGCGAAGGACAAGAAGGAGGAGGCCGUGAAGAACGAGGAGAAGAUUGCCUCAGUCGAGGCUUCCCUGGCGUCGGCCAAUGAGAAAGCCGCAGCGAACUUAGCCUUGGCCCACAGCCGGGGGGACCUCUUUGAGGAGGUGAAGACCGAGCUGCAACACUCAGCCGAGAGGGCGGGAGCUUAUGCGGCUGCGGCAAAGAAGGCUGCGGAUCUGGCUGAGGAAGAAGCCCAGGAGAUCGCAGAGGUUCCGAAGGCGGCUGCCAAGGAGGCAGCCGAGGCGGCGAUCAAGCAGUUCCAGCAGCAGGAUCAGCUGAACAAGAAGUUCUUGAGCAACUUGAAGGCCCAUGCCACGCCGACACUGCCCCCCACGCCGGUAGCCGCCGCAGUCGCUGCCGCGCCGUACCGAGCUGCCAUUCGACAGGUUGAGAGUACUCAGGGCCUCUAUGAGAACAAGGCAGCCCAACUCAAAUCAGAAGCCGACUUGCUGAAAGCCAGCUCCGACAGCGCGCACAGCCAGGUCCAUGCAUACCAGGCGGCUGGAAACGUGGGCGCCGCGCAGAAGAUCCAAACACAGGCUCAUGAUCUCCUCGUGAGGUCUCUGGAGAAGGAGACGGAGGCAGCAGAGGCCAUGGAUGAAGCCAGGCGUAUCGGCCUCAUGGUGCCUAAGUAUGCGGCCGCAGCUGCAGAUGCCGCGGCUAGAGCAUCGAUCUUGGGAUCCCAGAAAUGGAUGCCGCCCUCGUACCAGGCUGUUCCAGCCAUCAACGCGAAGCGACUGCCGUUCCCAGAAGUCCCGGCCAGCGCUCCCUAUCCGGUGCCUGCGGCUUCGCCCGUGGCCUUCGCGCCAGCAUCGGCACCGGCAGCUGCACCGGCUGCGUGA